AAAUUUUAAAUUAUCAAAACAAAGUCAAAGUUAGUAUUGUUAAAAGUUUGUAAUUUAACCAACAUUGUUGAAGUGUGUUUAUUAUUAUUGUAACAACAAAUUAAACCGCGGAUUGUUUAAAUUCGAAGACAUUGUCGGGAUUCCUAUUGUGUGAUUCUCAUUUGUUUAAUGUUUUUAUCUCAAAUUGGCAUUUGUACAAAAAUACGGCGAAACGUCCUGUAUUGUAGCAUUAAGCAAUUGUUAAUUUCGCGUUGUGUACGGGCGCGGUUUUUACGAAUGUUUUUGCGUAGAUGUCGGUGGUGGGGGGGAGGAGGGGCCUGCGCGGUCCCGUCCCUCUUCUAGCGAGUAUUUUGAUUUAGUUUUCAACUCUUACGCGGUUGUGGCAAUUUUUUCAGUCGCGUGUGGCGAGCGCGCGGCUUCGUUCCGAUUUUCUGUUUUGUUUUACUCGGACUCGUUCGUUCAGAGUUUUUCCGCGCGGACUGAAACUUUUCUUGGAACUUUUUUGAACUCAAACUCCUUUCAGAUUUAAAAAAUAAAGUUAGUACAAAGACUAUACAAGUCACAAGACUGUGAAGCGUGUGCUUUAUUGGAACUAAGUGAUAUUUAAUUAUUACUUUGUGAUAAACGUUGGGAUUUUUCGUGAAACUUUGAGUGACAUCGUGUUCAGUGACUGUGAGCGGAACCUGUGCAUUCGUUGCAGUUUGGAUCUAUUAGACUAAGAUGUACAAAACAAACGGCUGUCACUGAAGACUGAAACAAUAUUAUUCUAAGCUAAUGAGGCUAAAGACUUCACCUUAGGAAAUGAUAAUCUCAUGAACAAUUGCCUGGUCGGGCGAGAGUCUCCGUUACGACGAGCGGCGAGCGUUUCGAUUCUGCAAUGAUUACUGCGAUGGCGACUCACCAGGACACCAUGCACGAGCGCCUGGCGCCGGAGGACCAGCUGCUGCAGCACGCGGCCUGGGCGCCGCCCGCCCCCGACCAGGACGACCUCAGCACGGAGCCGCCCUACUACAACAUGCCCAAGCGGAACAAACGCAAGAACUUCAAGCCCCGCUGCGCCCCCAACACCACCGCUUUCUCCGAUGACUCCAAUGGCGGCCACGGAGACCGAAGCCCUUUAAACGGCAAUGACAGAACCUCACCGGAUCAGACUGAAGACAGCAAGGACUACAUGAAAAUAGGCGUCAAAAACUUCAGCCUUCUAAAAGGCGGAGCGGUAGAUUUAAGCAGACGCUUAAGCACUGACUCAAACGAAAACAUAGACUCAAAUUACCAAAAUAGGUUACCAGACGACAAACAGAUAGAUUCGUUCCAGAGAUCGUAUAUAGACAGCCUUCACUCGAGCCUGGAUGGUGAGAGCAAGGAGCGUACUGUUCUAAACUUUAGUAGCUUACAAAAUAAAACGUUUUGUGCCAAAAAUCCUUUCGCUAUAUCUCAACUAAUCAAAACGAAUUCACCUCCAAGAAGAAGGGACUCGGAUUGUUCUGAUGAAGACGAGAGUAAGGCUAAUCAAGAUAUCAAUGCUAACGAGAGACUGAGGGAGGUUCAGGCUGCGAUGGACACCGCAGACGCCCACGCUAACGGGGAGCCUAACAACCAGUCUAACAAGAUCCUCCGGGAUUAUGCGAUGAAUACAAUGAAGGAGCUGCUCGGCAUCUACGGGCUGUCUUCGAAUGAGGUCGCUGAUGCCAUCAAUGGUCAGAUCCGGGCGUUGGAAGCCCUACAAGGUAAACCGUUCACCCAGCUCCCGCUUAGCCUGAAGCGUCGCCACGACUCCGGAGACGGCACCGACAGGAGCAUCCGAAGAUCCUCAUCAGCCACUGAAGAUGAAGGCUCCACCAAUAUUACUCCUCCGAAGACCCCUGACAAUGAUGUUGAGGCUCAGAGGCAACGGGCUUUGCAAAUCAUCAACCAGCAGUCCCUGAGACUGUUCGGCAAAGCUCCAGCACAGGAUGAGGAUGGCAGCGGUUCUGAUGAUGGAGAGCAAACCCUGGACCUCAGCGUGUCCAGGGAUACUGAUGGACAGGAGCAGUCAACAACGUCAAGCACAGGCAACAGCGUCAGUGAAUACGAGCAACAAAGCCUUCUGAUGCGGAAGAACCUGGAGGAUCUGGCGAAUUUACAAAUGGGCUACUUCCAAAAGCAAUCGAUGAUGGACGGAGAGGACUCACAAGAAAGAAAAUUGCAGACCAGUGGUCUGUUGUCGGCUUUGAACCAGUUGGACCAAGCCCGCAAGAACUCGCUCCAAACCACCGUGGAUUAUUCCAGAUACGUCAAAAGGUACAGUUCAACUCUAGAAUGCGGUUCAUCAUACUGCAAGGACCUGGGUUACAGAGAACACUUCCACUGCAUGGACUGUACCGCCAGGGUCUUCUGCAAGAAGGAAGAAAUGAUCAGGCAUUUCAAGUGGCACAAGAAACGUGAUGAGUCAUUAGCCCAUGGCUUCAUGAGGUACUCACCCCUGGACGACUGUUCGGAGCGGUUCAGCGACUGCCCCCACAACCGCAGCCAAACCCACUACCACUGCAUUCAGGAUGGCUGUGAUAAGGUGUACAUAUCAACAUCAGACGUGCAAAUGCAUGCGAACUACCAUCGCAAGGACUCAGCAAUUCUCCAAGAAGGGUUCCAAAGAUUCCGUGCGACAGAAAGCUGCGCCGCCCCACACUGUGUCUUCGCUGGACAACGGACCACCCACUUCCACUGCAGAAGGAUUGGCUGCACCUACACGUUUAAGAAUAAGGCUGAUAUGGAAAAGCACAAGACCUACCACAUAAAAGACGAGGCUCUCUCCAAGGAUGGUUUCAAGAAGUACAUGAAGAACGAGGCCUGUCCCUACAGGGACUGCCGGUUCUCCCGCACCUGCAACCACAUCCACUGCAUCAGGCCCCACUGCAACUAUGUCCUCCACUCUAGCAGCCAGAUCUUCACUCACAAGAGGAAACAUGAGCGGAAGGAACAGGAAAUGAGCUUUGGUCUGCCGACAUCAGUAAUCCAGAGCGCCCUGAUGCAGCAAGGGGCGACGGAUCUCAGCAUGUACUCUCCUGGAGCCAACAUCCACCCUGAUGAUGACCUGUCUAACUCCAUGAUUGGAGAAGACUAUUCACCUCCUUACAACCCAGCGGUCUUUGAUGAGGUGACUCGCAAGUACAUAGACACCUUCAACGGAGGCAAUGAGUCAGAAGACAAGUGCUCAAAAUGUGGCGCUUCCAACAAACACUACCAUUGCCUAGCAGAGGGAUGCAAGAUGGCUCAUAGUUGCCAUCAAACCAUAGUGAAGCACGCGUUCGAGCACGAGCAGCAGAGCCAGGUGACGGAGGCCUACUUCACGACGCACUCGCGCCACCAGCCCUGCGGCAGCACCGCCUGCCAGCACAUCAGGGACAUCACGCAUUAUCACUGCACUUGGGAAAACUGCGGUGCCGUGAUCUUAUCAUCAGAGGAACACCCAUUCAGACGUCUGGAGCACCACAGACAACACGCUCUCCUGAGCCCGAUGUCACCAAACUUGGCCUCAAGAUUCGCUCCAAACUUCACUCCUCAAUUAUCAGCACAGCUCCACCCGAACAUGGCAGCUCAGUUGGGCCAAGUCCCAAACCUUCCUCCAAACUUGGCUCAGUUGGCCCAAAUGGCGCCAACAUUGACUUCUCAGCUGAAUCCCAACUUACAAGCUCAGCUGAGCCUUGGGCCAAACUCUGGUGUUGCCCCAGGACAUGUGAACCCAUCUAUCUCCAGUUCUCUGGAUGAGAUGUUUAGCAGGAAGCGGGGACGUCCACCAAAGAACCGAGUGGUUGAAGUUUGGACUGAUAAUAUAACCCCUCAAGCCAUCUUCACAUCAUUCAAGCUCCCGAAAAGCAAUCAAAUCGUGGCUCCCGUACCGCAGUCCCCAGUUAUUACUACUGUUGAGGAAUUUCCGAGGAUCAAAUUCCAAUACUUCGAAGUAUUCACAGCAGUGGACGCAUGCUCGCAAUCUUACCCGAAUUGUCACCUCCGUAUGACAAGGUUGCAUCUCCACUGCUUUAACUGCAGUUUCUCAGGCGAAACCCACUUAAUCAUGGAGACCCAUAUGAGGGAAUCUCAUGGGGUCGCACCCUUACUUGAAGGAUUUGAUUACUUCUCAUCUUUCGAGCAAUGUGGUGGAAAGAGCUGCUUCAAAAAUCAACUGCGAAACCAUUUCCACUGUGCCCAAGGAAACAAUUGCCCGGCAAUUUUGACCCAAUACUCCGCUUUAGCCACCCACAAACAUGGAAGAGGCACCCCGGUAAUAAAGAGCGAAGAAAUGGAAAAGUCCUUUGAUGAAGUCAAAGAUUAUUCUUUGAAAGAGAGAGCAUCGGUAGACAGCGUGGGUUCAGGCAAAAAUGAGCCCAAUGACUCAUUUACACCAACAAACUUCUCUAUCAAAAGCGAGUUUGAUCGGGAGCCAGAUAAUAUUGCAGUAGUAAAAGCUGCCGGUACCUUUUACCCAUCAUCGCACCUCCGAAGCAACACGUCUUCACCCUCCCCAAGAAGCAUUUACGACGCAUCACCUUCAAAGGACAUCAAAAUGCCUCGAAUGGACUUCGACAUGAAACCUAAGGGCUACGAAAGCCCAAAGAACUCUGGACCAACUAUUCCACCAUCUUGUCACGACCAGAAUUGUCCUCUGAAUAAGAAUGCUGGUGGAAUGAACUUGCACUAUCACUGCCCGCAUUGCGGCCAAGCCUAUGUGGACUUGAAACUACUUUUCGGCCAUAUGGUGAAGAAGCACAGUAAUAUGGAUUCUGGACCAGUUGGAUUGGCUGCUACUAAGGAGACUCUGGAGCGGGAGUAUCCUGAGAUAUCGAUUCUGCCGUCAACGGCUUCCUCGUCCACCACCAGCCAAGUGCCGUCGCCCAGCCAGCGCCCGCCAAACCCUGCUGAUCAGGUGCAAGCAGUCCACAGCCUCCUCCUCCAGCAGUACCUGGCCGGCGGGCGCAAGGGCUCCAGCCUGCAGGAGCAGUUGAAGCUUCAGCAGCAGUACACGGCCCAGCUGGCCGGGCUGCCCGGGCUGGCGCAGGUCGCGCUAUUUGGACAAGGAGCUUCACCGUUUCCUCUGUAUCCAGCGAUGAUGUACCCUCCGGAGCUGCUGCUGGAGCAGAGUCUGCUCCAGAGCCACGGUCUGCCGCCCGGCCUGGACAAGGAGGCCGAGAUGAUUGCUAAAUCCAGGCGAACCCAUACGACUCGUGGGCCUCACAUGCGGGUUCUGAAGGACGAGCCUAUCCCUGAAGGGUACCUCCGAUUCAGGUUCAAUGAAGACUGCGCUUACCAACACUGUGGAUACAGGGAGCAUCAAACCCAUUUCCACUGCACCAGAAAAGACUGCGGAUACUCGUUCUGCGACAAAACCAGAUUUGUCCAACACACGGCCCGCCACGAACGGUUGGAUACGUUAAUGGGAGGUGAUUUCCAACAAUACCGAGCCAACGUCUACUGCCAGCGGCCAGAGUGCCCGCACGCCUCAACAUUCGGUAAGAGUACAGGUCAGAACAAGGCGUCUCACUUCCACUGCUUGAAGUGUGACUUCGUGUGCACGGACACCAACAAAGUGGUGGCACACCGGCGGCAGCAUCAGAAACUAGACUCCAUCCAGGCUGCUGGCUUCGAGAAGUUCCCACCGAGCAAAGGUUGCGGUUACGAGCCUCAAUGCAUUCACAGCAAGAAGCAGACGCACUACCACUGCCUUCAAUGUGGCUUUGCAGUCCUCGGCCUAUCUCAGAUGACGUCACACAAGUACAAACAUCAAGAAGCCAACCUUGGCCCAUCCACGAGCUCUACCAACUGACGCAUGACCUCCAGAGGCUAGACUCUUACCUGAUUAAGACUCAACUCGCAGUGAAAAACCUGCAGUAUAUACGUUUUAACAUUGGACCUAGACUAGAAAAACCACCAGAUAAUGGUGUCGUUAAAAGUUUACAUAUUUGUGGAUUAUGAUUGAAAUCAUUAUUCUGUUUGAAUGAACCUUCAAAAAUGUGCCUUAAAGUGUGUUUGAAGUAAAAGUGUUGCUUUGAACUCAACUUUAGUAUGCGGAUAACAAGAAUGUGCCAAAUGUUUACAUUGAUGAUAUAUUGAUAGAUUCAAACAUUAUUGCAAUGACUCCCUAAUGCAAAGUAUUUACAGUUAUGAACGUGAAAUUAUAAUUAUGACAAUAACUAAGUAAAUAUUUAUUCACUUUGAUACUGUUUUUUUAAAACAUAGUUUAAAACCCGUAUAUAAGUAUGGUAAAAUUAUGUACGAGCGAACCCGAAAUUAUUAUGCAAGUUAGAAGUCAUAAAUUGUAGGUUUGCAUGAUACAAUUAAGUUUAACGUUAAAGUGUGUAUUUUCCUAAAAUCCUGACCAAUUUAGAUCAUAGUUAUUAUGAAGAAAGUAUUUAUAUUUAUUACUCUCUGUCAAAAAGACAUUUUUACGAAUAGUAUUAUUAAUUUAGAUUUCGUAAAAGAUUGGUGAAAUAUUUGAGGCAAUAAAAUUGGGUUAAGAACACCAUAUUGUGCCUAGGAUUUAAAAUUCAUGACAAUAUUUUUGUGUUAGCUUGAUAUAGGUAGUAAUAACUGGAAAAGCAAAGAAUUUGUGGUAUUAAAUUAUUUCCUAUUUACCUACUAUAUGAAGUUUUCACAAACAAUAAAAUAGAUUUAUAUAAAAAAUAUAUACUUAUCAAAAAUAAUUUUAUUAAACUAUUUGUCGAUUUAAAAAAGCAAAACAUUGUAAAUAAGACUAAGAUUAUAUAUCAAAAAGCAUAUGUUUAUAAAACUUAAGUGUUAUACGAUUUUUCAAAAGUAUACCUAGUGUAAUAAUUAUUGGUCAUUAGUGUACAAAUUAUUUGAGUGCUAAUGUAUUUGUGAUCCAUGAGGUAGCCAUAAAAUGCCAUAUAGGUAAUAUGUAUUAAAGAUGUUUUGUAAUUGUAUAACUUUAAAAUUCUCCAUUUCAUACAGUCUUUUGAAAUCCCAAUAGAAACAACCACUGAUUGCAUUCCUGAAAAUUAUUCCCGAUCCAACCAUUCCCUAACUACUUAGUUGUUAUUAAAAUGCAAACAUUUGUUUUAAAUUAUACUCGAUAUGGGGCUAAUUAACGUUACAACGUAAGUGACCAAAUCAAUUAUCCUUAUCCUAGCUAUUUUAUCAGUAUUGUGUAACCUAAGCUCUUUCCUUCGUUCCUAUUAUUUCUAUUAUUUUGGUUGUAACAUUAUUUCCUUCUAAAUACACCACAUGUUGCAGUAAGUGUAUAGUAUACUUACCUCCUUGUCAAAUUAACGCUGAAUAUUUAAAUAAAUUCAAACCGUUUUCAUUCGGAUAUAGUAUACAAUUUCUUUUGUUAAUUUUAAAAAUAGCUUAUCAAUAGAAAGUGCCAUACUGACAUUAUUGACGUAAGUUGAUUUAUUCCUAUUAAAUCUCAAGUCUAAACUGUUAAAUAAUUUGUAGCUUGAAAUGCAAAUCUCACCAUCUUUAUUGGUUGUUAUUUUCUUGUUUGUUAUUUAAUUUUAUGUUUUGUUUAAUUAUUUUCGGUCUUUUAAGUUUUCCUUGCUUUCACAACUUUAUCUUACCUUAUUUAAUAUUUCGUCUUAUUGUAUGACUUUAGCCUACGUAGUAGCUUUAAAAGUAGUGUAAUAGUUUACUUUAUAAUUUUCUGUAUUACAGUAUUGAAUAUCAUGCACAAGUAUUAUUAUGUAUACCUACUCGUAAUAUAUAAUGGAAUGUUUUGAUACCAGUUAAAUUUUGUAUGUGACUUUAGAUGGUUUGCAAAAUAUUUUUAAUCAGGUAGAAAUGCAGUAAGUUUAGUUGUCUGAUUGUGAGAUUACUGAUUGGUCUAGACAUAGAAUAGUAUUGUUUACCUCAUGAGUUCUAGGAAUUAAAUGAAAGUAAUAUGAAA